AUGGAAUCAGUGGGGUUAAAAGAAUCAGAUCUUACUCUAAUGCAUGAUUUUUCUAUUCAGCAGAUGUACUUGAAGCUUAGAGGUGAUUUUUCCAAGUGUCCCCGGAGGAGAUUGACUUGUAACAACUAUGUUGCUCCUAGAUGGGUCUUUAUUCUAUACCUGGCUUUAAAUGGAAGACUUCAGACAAUAGACAAAAUAGCUAAAUGGAGUGUAAUCGAUGACUUAAUCUGUCCUUUGUGUACAGAGGUUCCAGAAACACUAGAUCAUCUGUUGUUUAAAUGUUCAAUAUCGUCUAUGAUAUGGAAGAAGAUUCUACAAUGGCAAGGAGUGGACAAAGGACCAUAUGAAUGGAAAGAUGAAGUUGUUUGGGCAAUAGACCAUGUAAAAGGCAAUUCUGCUAAAGCACAUAUUUACAGGAUGAGUUUGGCUGCAUGUGUGUAUUUCAUUUAG